GGUUUCUACUAGAUUUUCCGAGGCAUCGAGAUUCCCGGUUCCCGAGACUUCUGUUAGUCGCUCACCCACCCCGGAACUGACACUGUCGGUCUGGUUAAACGACUCCAGUUUAGUCUCUAACUAACUUGAAUACCUACCCGAAGUGAAAAUGGAAGAACUCGGCAAAGAACAGAUUGCCAUCCUCAGGAAGGCGUUCGAGGCCUUCGACCAUGAGAAGAAGGGCUGCAUCGGCACCGUGAUGGUGGGCACCAUCCUCACCAUGCUGGGGCACUCCGUGACCGACGAGACCCUGCGCGAGAUCAUCGCUGAGGUUGACGAGGAUGGCUCCGGUGAGGUUGAGUUCGAGGAGUUCGUGACGCUCGCCUCCAAGUUCAUGAUUGAGGAGGACGCCGAGGCCAUGCAGCAGGAGCUGAAGGAGGCCUUCAGACUGUACGACAGGGAAGGUAACGGCUACAUCACCACUGACGUCCUGAGGGAAAUCCUGCGGGAGCUGGAUGACAAGAUUAGCGCCGAGGAACUCAACAUGAUGAUUGAGGAAAUCGACUCCGAUGGUUCCGGCACCGUGGACUUCGAUGAAUUCAUGGAAGUGAUGACUGGAGGUGAUGACUAGACCUGACCCUCCACUCCUGCUGUGCAUCAUCAACACCUACCCUGGGGACACCACAAUACCCUGAUGAGGAAGGGUCACCAUUAUCUUUUUACCAUCAAACCAGACCAGUAUAUGACCACCACACCUUAUACUAAAACUUGGUAGCAAAUAACUAAAAUAAGAAAAAUAAAUACCACCAGAAUUUUUAAA